AUGGCGGGACUUUUAUGCUAUCAGCAGGUCUACCAUCCUAAUAUUGACCUGGAAGGCAGUGUCUGCCUAAACAUUCUUCGAGAAGACUGGAAACCUAUCCUAAAUAUAAAUAUUAUCGUCUAUGGAUUGUUUCACCUAUUCAUGCAACCAAAUCAUGAGGAUCCUAUGAAUUCUGAUGCAGCUAAUGUGUUGAGAGAUGAUCUGAAUAAGUUUAAAUCCAAUGUGAAGCUGGCUAUGGGAGGUGGUUCUGUAGGAGAACUGGGCUCAUCCAUUGGUGAGAACAGACAGGUUGUGUCAAAUGUUGGGACCCACGGUAAACGGCUUGGACCCCAUGUUUGA